UUUCAUGUUAGCCACUAACUUUACGAUUCGUUUCACUGUUACUCGCCGAUCGUAGUCUCCGUUAACGUUGUUAGAUUUUUUUCAUGACAUGGCAAACGGAAGUGCUGACUAGAAUGACAAAACUGCUGAGUCAUACAAGUUGACCACCUAAUCAGCUUCACCCAACCCAAUUGACCAAAAUAUAUUAUUUUAUAUUUUAAGGACUAAAAAGAGAAAUAAAAUUAAAACCCAUCACAUUCCAAGUCGUCGUCUUUCAUCCACUACUGCAAAAAUCACCAUUGGAGGAAAAACCCUUGCUUCCCGUCACCACUAGUUCCAGAAUCCCAAAACAAGCUCCCAAACAAGAAGCUCUAAUUAGUCGGGCGAUAUCACUUGCAAGGAGAUAAUUGAUUGCGGCGGCGGCAAACCUGGAAAAUUGAACUCCAAUCGGUUGUGUUUUCUCAAAUUCACCCACCAGUGUCGCAACUCCAAGGUGAAAAUCGACGGGAGACUGGGGUUUUUUGUCGAAGGUGAAAAUUGCGAUGGGCUGGAGUUCUUUUGAAGGUGGAAAUCGGGACGAGGGAUUGGGUUUAUGGCGGGUUUUGGAAUAGGGGUUCUCCUCCGCUUAUUUCCUCUUCACUUCCUUCACUUUCGAUCGUGGAGAACCUCUUCAAUCGCCGACGUCGAACUACUCUCUUCUACUCAAUCCCCGCCGCCGCUCCGCCCCGACAGCAGCCCUGCAAAAAUAUUUGCGCCUUCGAGAGACUGCUUUAUCGACACAGGCAACAUAAGGUCGUUGUCUUCUUCGGCCACGUCCCGCCCUACGACUCCAUUUACUUGCAUGGUUUGAGCAACCGCUACUCCGCCGCCGACCUCGUCAUUGAUUUUGUCGCCCAGCCCCUCUCCCUCCUCCCUCCCUACAGGGGCACCGUCGGGAAGCGAAGAGCGGCUUCAACUUCACCAUCGGAGGGGCGACUGCGAUGAACCACGUUUUCUUCACGAGGAACAACCUGACGCUGGACAACACUCCCGAGUCCAUAUAGACCCAGCUCUGCUGGUUCGACGAGUUCUUUGAGAGGAAAGGUUGUAAAGGAACUGCGUUGUCGGCGGCGUACGGGCCGGUGGUGGAGGAUGCGAUGUUCUGGGUGGGGGAGAUUGGACUGAAUGACGAGGGAGGGAGGGAGGGUGGGAGCACUCCUCCUGUUUUUUUUUUUUUUGUUUUUUUUUUUAAAUUACCAUGUCAUCAAGUUAACGGUUUAGUCAGCAAUUCUGUUUGCCUUAUCAUCAAAAAACUGACGGAGUUAACGGAGUUUGACGGAGAGUAACGACCGGCGAGUAACGGUGAAAUGAUUUGUAAAGUUAGUGUCAAAUAAGAAAGAGAAAUAAUUCGAGUGGAAAACAUGAAAAAUUUAUAUAAUUUGAGUGACCAAACGUGUAAUUUAACCGUAAUUCUAGUGAUAAUGUUGUAAUUUAUCCUUGUUAGUAAAGGCCUGACAUUAAAUUGCGGAUCAACCCCGACCCGGCUCGUUUCGGACUUUUCCGAUUCUCAAAUCUCACCCCCCUCCUUCGGUUCCCCCUCGGCAGAGAAGAACUCGCAAAAAAGACGGAACGCCGGCCGCCGUGAGUGUCCACGAUCAGAAACUCACCGGCACCCGCUUCGUCUCCUUCGUCGUAAGAUUCUUGCUAUCUAUCGAAUCAUUCGAAGCUUUGAUUUCACGUUUCAGUUACCAAUUGCAAAUUUUAUGCCGAACUGAUUUGUGAAAUCGGGCCCGGUUGGUGCAGCCAAGAACGCAGGUCAAAAGAUGCUUCGAAUUCAACUAAAGAAGCAGACUUCUGAUGUCGGGGCGGCAAUAAAGUCUCUUCCGGUUGAGACCGUCACCGUUGCUUGCCCUGACCACCUUGUCCUUGCUGAUCUUCCCGUAGCCAAGGGCAUUGGAGCAGCCACCGCCGCUACUGUGGUGAAGAAUGCCGGCCGGAGGUCCCGUCGCCAGCUCGGAGAGCGAGUGCACUUCUGCGUCCGAUGUGAUUUUCCAAUCGCUAUCUAUGGUCGCCUGGUAUGCUUUGAUUACGACUUUUGGUGCCCGUUUGCCUUUUCGAACACUUCUUUUGCCGUUUUUCCCAUUUCUCUUGAUUGUGUUCGCAUGUGAACUCAAUUGCUAGCAGCAAAAAUGAUGGCUCUGGAUCCUUCCUUGGUUUCUACGUUUUCCAAGUUCUCUGUCGAUGUGUAACCUUGAGCAUUUUUCAUAUUUCAUUAUGGCGUUCAACUUGCAUAGAGAUAUGUCCAGGUUUAGUGCUAUGACUCUAUAUUUCAAAGCUUCAUACUAGAUGGUCCCUAGUGGCUGUGGCAGUCGAGUUCAUUUCAGUGUGGGGAGGCUUUACAGAAGUUCAACAGAUUCCAAGUUGGAAUGUGCUACCAUGACGAAGUUCUGUAUAGCUAACUGGUUUGUGCAUUUUUGUUGUAUGCAUGCAUUUUAACUUCAGUGGCUUCGCACAGUAAGUGUUGUUGGUGUGGUUUGUUUGACUGAAAUUUUCUGUUUUCUAACAAGUGUCUGUUCUGCAGAGCCCUUGCGAGCAUGCAUUCUGUCUUGACUGUGCUAGGAGUGAUUCAAUCUGCUACCUGUAAGUGUAUAUGCAUUUGCUUUAGCUGCAUAUGUUGAUGGUCUUGUUUUGAAGUGUAAUUUUGGACCAUAAUCAAUACGCAGAAUAUUUAAGAAUGUAUAUAUCAAUCUGCUGUUGUUCAACUAUCUCGGAGGUGAAACUAGUUGAAGUAUAGAUUUUCCCUAGCUCUUUGUUUUUCCAUGUUUUGCCCGCUUGUCCUUGAGCUUUGAUCUUAUUAUGUCAUAUAGAUUAGCUUGCAUUGAUCAGAAAUUAAUGACUGGAAUCUUCAUCUUAUCCGGAGCUAAUUUUGAUGAAUGUCUUGAUUAUUUAUAAAAAAUAGUUUGAAUGUCUUAAUCUGGUACGCUAGUUUGAAAUUGUUUGAUAUGGCUAGUAGCCUCAUGAGUCAUUUGCAAAGUGAUAUCCUCAUAUCCCUCCUAAUUUUUUAUUUCCAUGUCUUCUCUGCAAAAACGUAGAUGUGACGAGCGCAUUCAGAAGAUUCAAACAAUCAAAAUCAUGGAGGGCAUCUUUAUCUGUGCAGCUCCUCAUUGUCUCAAGUCUUUCCUGAAACGAACCGACUUCGAGUCUCACAUUCACAAGAGUCACACAGACCUUCUACAGCCAACUGCAGAGAAUGACAUUGACAACGAAUCAGAGGUCCAGAGUGCUAAACAACCUGCACCAACCGAGUCGACUGCUCGAGCUCCCCCAAGGACCGGUUCGAAUUCUCAGCUUCUUGAUACUGAAGAGAAAGCUCGUAGCAGUAGGCAGCAACCUAGAGAACAACAACACCAACCACUUCAAAGGCCUAUGAUGCCCAAGCCACCACCAUUUUAUGGACAAGGCCCUAAUUACCUGUCUGCAGAUCCACAGAGCGACAGCUCUCGUCCUCCAGGUUUCGACCGACCAAAUUUUCUAGUUCCGAUGAUGCCUCCUCCCCAAUUCGGCCUCUCUCCAUUUCAACCACCUGAUGGAGGUCAGCCCUUCUACGGUGGGCCCUUCGAGAUGGGGCAGAUGGCUGGUAGGCCCGAUUCAGGAGCAGAAGCUGGAGCGGAACAAGGUUCGUUGUUGGGGUUCCCACCGGGUGGUAUGAGCUUCAUGGGGAAUUAUCCCCCGCCUCCUUGGAAUAUGGGUCCGACGCCAGCUGGAAGUCAAGGAAUGUCGGAGGGUUUUUUGAAUCCGUCGGAGUCUCAGGGGAACGUAAAUGUUGGAUUCUUUCAGGGGGACUAUGGAAGACAUAUUCCAGGGGUCCCGCCACCGGUUCCUUCUCCUCAAUCGGCUGGCAUUAAGGGGAUGGAAGGUGGUGGUGGGAUGGAUUAUGGGAGGGAUGGGAAGGGGAUACUGUCCGCGGCGCCACAGCAACAAGCGUAUCUUCACCCGCCUCCGCCGCCCCCAUUGCCUCACCCUUCGCAGAACAAACGAGGGAAGUACUAUUCAGGUGAUGGUGGUCAUGAUGGACAAGGUUUUGGAUGGCAGUCAGAGAAUCGUGAUGGAUUUGGCAGUGGCCAAGAGUAGGAAGAAACUAUGCAUUGUUCAUGUUUCUGGUUGCUCCGUGUUAUUUGUUUCAGAAUGCUUUCUUAAGUCGAUUUCGCCAAUUUUUAAGAAUCCAAUUCUCUCCCCCCCCUACUCCCUCACUGACUUACUGUGUCAAUGGCUGGGUUUCUCGGCGGUAUCCUGCAUCUCUCUAUACAUUCAGGAUAUCUGCUACACUCAACUGUGACCUGAGAACUCCCACGUACCACGAAGUCGGGCACGAAUAUGAUUGGGCUGAUGAUUCCUUCUUCACUGCGUUCGGAAGCCCGAUCUUAAUAUCCAACUGAAAAGCCGGGGAGAUUUUGCUAUCUGGGAUCGCUUGACGAGCCAAGCAUUUUUUUAUCAACGUAACUACUGAUGUAUAAAAACAAUCAUUAUAA